AUGCCGCCACCAAAGAAGGCUGCUGGCAAUGCUGUCCAGGCCGAAGUGGCCCUGCACCAGUCGUUGAAGAACUGCCUGGUCAACUUGCCGUCGUCGCUGGUUUCGGUGCUGGUGAAUGCCAACACGGUCGCCCAGAAUGUCGUCGUCCAACUCUCAUACCGCCAGCCCCCACCACCCGGCGCUUCGGAGAACAGGAACGCCGCCCAAAAGUCCGUCUUUGUCGGAUGGACGGGCAUGCAGAGCAAGCGCAGGAUAGCGCCUGUUGUCGGACGGGACGGCCUGAGGGGCAGUCCAGCUGUCAGCCAGCAGGAUGUCCCGGCUGUAGAAGUAGAUGCCACAUUUGCACGCUUGAUUGGCCUCGAUGAAGGGCUGAAGGUUGGCAUCAUACUGCAUCUAGAUCCGCCUCAGGCGCAUACCAUCAACAUUGAGCCAUUGACCCCCGUCGACUGGGAGAUGAUAGAGCUGCAUGCCCAAUUCCUCGAACUGAACUUUCUCUCCCAGAUACGCGCACUCCCGAACCCGCAAGCCCAGUCGCCGCACCCUCUGACCCUCCAUCUCUCUCCCACCACGACCGCCAACAUCACCGUGACGUCCAUCGCUCCUGCCCCACCAAACACAUCACCAUUCGUCAAGAUCUCUCCCGAUGCCGAAGUCAUCGUUGCCCCCAAGACGCGACAAAAGGAAAGAAGCUCGAAUCGGGAAAGCAGGAGCGUGGGCGCUGCAUCGAGGAAGAGUGGACGGAGCACCACGAGCACUGUCCGACGACGCAGUGGCCGCGAAGAUGGCGCCACAAAGGGCCUGGUCUUUUUGCGGGGUCUCGAUCGUAGUGUCGCAUCUGAAUGGUUCCAUCAAGACGAGCACGUAGGCCCUGAAGGCUUGAAGGUGUGGGUAGACAGGGACCUACUUGCCACGAAAGCACUCCGAGGCGUUAGCUGCGUGUCUGUGGCUGUCAUCAGACCCGCAGGUCUACAAGAGCCCGUCGACAUGUCCAAAGACCAAGAGCAGGAGAAACCAGCUUCUCGUGUCGUCGCCAAGAUUGCUGUCUGGGAAGAUGCGCCAGACAGCCAGCACGUCGCCCUCUCAAGCGACCUCUGCGCUGUCUUGGGCUUCCCAAACUUCGUAGGCGGACUUGUUCGAAUCCAAGCCGCGCCAGCACAAACACCCAAGCCGUCCGCUAUCAAGCCACAAGGCGGGAAAGAGUCCAGGGAACCUGUCGUCAAGUCCAUCAAGAUCCUUCCUUUCUCGACCACGGCUUCACAAGCCAAUGCAUCUCUUAAAUUCGGCGGUGAGUCCAAGCAAGACCAGGAAAACGCGUUACAAAGGAUCAGAUCCAUAUACGGAAAGAAGGACGGCCUGCUGGAUGGUCCAGUCACAGACGGCAUGAUAUUGCCUGCGCCAACCGGUGACGAGCUGGGCUGGCAAGGAGGCAUUGUGAAAUUCGACCCACCACAGCCGACUAGUGGAGGUGGAGUAUCAUGGGUACUCUUUCCAGAAAGAAAACCACCGCUUGAGCUGGGUCAAGAGGUCUCCACACCGACGAGCUGGGCCAAAGGCUGGCAACAAGGAGAUCCGCUACCGGAGAUCCCAGCGAAUUUGGUCGGCAUCGACCCUCUCAUCCAGCAGUUGCGAUCGCACCUCACACACAAUUCCUCUGUUCUACUCACUGGUGGGCUUGGUGCCGGCAAGUCGGAAUGCGCCCAACUUCUUGCUCAUCAGCUUCGAACCGAGUAUCUCUUCAACACCAUCUACUUUCCAUGUCGCAAGCUGGUCACAGAAGAGACACGAGUCGCCACUAUCAAAGAAACUCUCAACAGACUGUUUGCUUGUGCAUCGUGGGGUGCAAGAGGUGGCGGAAAUGCCGUCAUCAUUCUAGAUGAUCUGGACAAGCUAUGUCCUGUCGAGACUGAGCUUCAAGUUGGCAACGAAAACGGACGAAGCCGGCAUGUCAGCGAGUGUCUAAUCAACAUCGUCCGACAGUACUGCUCAAUGGACUCUGGUGUUGUGUUGCUUGCAACAGCUCAAGGCAAAGAGGCACUGAACAACGUCAUUGUUGGUGGACACAUUGUGCGUGAGAUUGUUCUGCUAGAAACCCUCCAAUACCCCACAACAUACGCCCCCAUCUUCGCCAAAUGUCCGCUACGACUACGCUCAGGUUUACUUCUCUACGGCUACCCCGGAUGUGGCAAGACACUUCUUGCUUCCGCUGUAGCAGGAGAAUGCGGAUUAAACUUCAUAUCCGUCAAAGGACCAGAAAUUCUCAACAAAUACAUUGGCGCCUCUGAAAAGUCUGUCCGCGAUCUUUUCGAACGAGCCGAAGCAGCGCGACCGUGCGUCCUCUUCUUCGAUGAAUUCGACAGUAUCGCGCCGAAGCGUGGCCACGAUUCUACGGGCGUGACAGAUCGAGUGGUAAAUCAGCUUCUCACCCAAAUGGACGGUGCAGAAGGUCUAAGCGGAGUCUAUGUCCUUGCUGCCACCUCGCGCCCCGAUCUCAUCGACCCUGCGCUCUUGCGUCCCGGUCGUCUCGACAAGUCUCUUUUGUGUGAUAUGCCAGACGUGGAGGAACGAAUCGACAUUCUUCGUGCCGUCACGCGCAAACUGCACCUCGCACCCAGCGUUUUGGAAUCCGGACCUGAGGGCAAAAAUCUGCGCGACAUUGCACUGAGGACUGAGGGUUAUUCCGGUGCUGAUCUCCAGGCCGUUGUAUACAACGCACAGUUGGAAGCUAUCCACGACGUCCUUGGCGAUGUGGACCCCUCUAGGAUCGACAGCGGAAAUAAGAAAGACGGUGAUGGCAAGGAAAAGGGCAUCCCGGAAUUCUCCUACUUUCGCUACGGAGACGAAACCGAUCAUGAUCCACGGAAUGGCGAUGAAUCUAGCGCCAUGAAAACGUCUGCACAACUGACGGAACGCGCAAUGAUUGCGCAGAAAAUAUCGGCGUUGCAGGCUCUGAGGAGGAAACAAAAGGCGCUCCAUAGGCCCGGUAGUGGUGGGGACAAGGAUGAUGAGGACGGGGCUGCGAAGGAAGAUGAGGAAGGUGUAGUAUUUCGGCGCAAGAGCGCAUGA